UCCCAGCAGCGCUUCCGGCACUGCCCCAUAGCAACCGUUGCGAGGAGAAAGUCUAGGUCUGACGCGGGGGACUCCUGCUGCGCGUCCCUGGCCAUGGCAGAAGUAGAGGAAACACUAAAGAGGAUUCAGGCACACAAAGGGGUUAUUGGAACUAUUGUUGUAAAUGCAGAAGGAAUUCCAAUCAGAACAACUCUAGAUAAUUCUACAACAGUACAAUAUGCAGGUCUUCUUCAUCAGCUCACAAUGAAAGCGAGGAGCACAGUGAGAGAUAUAGAUCCUCAGAAUGAUCUAACCUUUCUUCGGAUCAGAUCUAAGAAACAUGAAAUCAUGGUAGCCCCAGAUAAGGAGUAUCUUCUAAUUGUUAUUCAGAACCCAUGUGAAUAGACUUGCCGCAACAAUAUUUUUAGAGAUACCAAUGCAGCUGUACUUUUUAAAGUCAUAAUCCUUUGAUUAUUUUCAAACAUACCACUGAGUUCUUACAUAAUGUAUGUAACUUGUCAUUGCUGAAACUUUUCCAAGCUAAUAUUCUCAGUUGUAGCUGUACUUUAACUUAUGCUUGAGCAAAACAAACAUUGUAUGUGUAGAUAAAUACUCAGAAGAGCAACAUGUUAAAAACCUUUUGUUAAUGGAUUUUCUGGCUAAUUCUUGGAACUAAAGAAUUCUCUUUACAUCACAAGUUUAGGUGGUUUUUUUUUUUUUAAAGCAGGAAUCACAUUUCAUGGAAGUUAGUAACUUGUGUAUGUACUUGUAACUGUACUCAUAUAAACUCAAGAAUACAGGAUUAAAUAGGUUACUCAUCUCGGUUCCAUUGGGUUAAAGAGGACUGUGUUUUGUCUCUGUAACUUCUGCAUUUUGGUCAUUCUAAAGAAAUAAUUUUACUUCCACCUUAAGUACCCUUCAGUUUCUAAUGAACAAUUGAAUCACAACAGCUUCAGUUAAAUAUUUAAAGCUAAUGCUGAAGAAAGGUCCAGAUGAAGAGAAUGGCCCUUCCACCUUGAAUUAAUGCAAAACUUAUUAAUUUGUGUUUACUGGCAAUUCUAGAUAGUGCUUCUAAGUAACUCAUCAAAACUCUUGAUAAAACACUCAGAUGUGACCACCUUCAAAUCCAGCAUGUACUGAAUACAGUGAGCCAUUUCUUCCAGCAUAUUUUGCAACACUGCCACAGAUCUUGCAGUUCUCUCCAAAACUGGAAACCUGUUCAGACCAUUGUUUUAAAUCAGACAGUUAAAGUGUACGUAGAUUUUGAUGUUACUAAUGAUUCUUUAAAAUUCUUUAAAACUUUUUCAGCAUCACUAGGUCAAGAAUGGUUUUAUGCUAAUAUUUCAUCAUGGGGCAGGGGGUAGGAACAAUCUGGAAAUUAGAAGUGGUAGGAAGCCUGGCUAAAGAGACCCAGGGAUAAAAUGAAUCCAGUUGCUUGGGAAUAACAGAAGCCAAAGGGAUGGUUAUUGAUGGUACAGCCACAGUAUAAUAUCCAUUUGCUGGGUGACAAUUGAAAAUAUGAAUGGCUGUCAUGAAAAGGACCAUUACAUGGAAAUAAAUAUAGCAAAUCAAUCUCUUUACACACUGAAGUAAAAUAAAGCAGAGCAGAUGUUUGAACAUUGCUAAUGUACUCUGUGCUGUACAAGAAAACACUCCCUACUUCCUAUGGUCUUUCAUCUAAAUUAUUAGUUCUAAAUUUAAAGUGACAACAGUUCAUUAAUGAAUGCUGGCAAAUAUGUACCAAAACUAAGUUUUCAAUUUAUCACCUUCCCUAGUUCUGUGGUAGUAAUGCUUCUUAACAGCAUGCCAGUCAUUGUCAAAUGUCUAAUUAACCUUUAUUCAUAAAAGAAAUACUUUGGCAUUUUGGGGGAUAUCCUGUGUAACAAGUCAAAGUCAGUGUGUCUGGCUUUCCUUUCACUUCCUCUAGUUAGCUUCUGGACUAAUUCUACUGCAGAUCAACAGUCACAGCAGUGUUGAAGGGUGGAGAUGUAACCCCAUUCUUAUUGUCUAUUUUAGAUUAUUUUCCUUUUUGUUAACAAAUAACUAAAUUAAUAUCCAAUAUAUUGUUUUUGCAUUAUAUUACUCCAGCAAACUGCUGAAGUUAGUCCUUACUGUGUAAUAUUUUCUAACUUGUCAAAAAUAUCAGAUGGCAUCACCUCUUAAUACCUUCCAGCGCCAUGAAAAUUGUCCUUCAGUCAGACAUGGCAGUACUCAUGCAUAGAGAAAAGCUUUGUACAUGGCAAUAUUUGUUCUUCACUUCUGUUAUCAUUCUUUUGUGUGUGUAAACGUCUUUCAAACUUUAAUCUGAUAUUCUUCAAGCAACUGAUUUUCACUUUGAUUUGGGUCCCAGUUUAUCAAAGUACUUGAAGGGGUUAAGUACAUUAUUGAAUAGAGAUGAACUUAAGUUCAAAGUUAAAUUUAAGCAUGGAUUUAAAGCCAGUUGAAAUGAGACUUAAGCCCAUGUUCAAAAGUAAGCACAGACGUAAUUGCCGAAAAGGGGCUCUAAUGUGUAGAAAUGGUUUAUAAGUCAUUAUAUGCAAUCUUCAAAAUGUCCAAAUAAUGCUCACAAAUUCAUUCCCAUCACAACUCAUGUUAGAAGCCCUGGCAGUCAUGGAUGCAGAUCUGAGGGCAAAGUCUGGUCCACUGUUGGCAGUGUAACUAGUGACAGUUGCAUGAAAUUGCAAGCCGAGUUUUCUGUUCCUGAGUGUACUGUAGAGUCUUUACCAAGGCUCCUUACAAGCUGUGCAAGUAUAUGCAGUAUUAGCAACAUUCUCAUUACAGACUAUAAAUAUAUAAUGAAAUAGCCUGCUGUUUUUAUUUCCAUUUUCUAUUAGAAAGCUACUGGAUAGAGCUGUGGUUUUUCAACAGAAAAAAGUAAAAAUUGAGAGAAUAUCCAUAAUCUCAGUGGAAUCUGCUGUCAGCAGAUUCAUCUGAACAAAGGUGGGGAAGUAACAGAAGGAAAAGCAGAAUCAGAGGAUGAGACUGUAAUUUUAAAAUUACAGUGCAAAACUAUUACUUAAGACUGCUCAGGCUAUGGUGAAGUUAGUGUUUAGGUGAUAAAACCACCAGUGUAAUCUCUACUAGCCAAUUGUAUUUAGAAUCCUGAUAACAUUUAACCAGGAGAAAAAGAAUUUCAGUGACAUCCAUAGUAUUCUUUAAAAGACUAAUUUUAUGGAUAAUGGUUGGCUGAUCGACUAAACUAGCAUGUUCUGAGUUAAUCAGAAUGCUGCUUUUCUCUCAGCCACCAUCACUCAAGUGUUCCAACAUCCAUCUGACAAAAAUAUCACAUCACACAUUUGGAAUGAUAAAAAUAAACUAUUGUAAUUGCAAUAGAAAUCUGUCACUGGGUCAUUCUCCCACUUUAAAAAUACAACAUCCAUCUUGGCUUUGCCUCAACAUUUAUUUUUGACAAAUGUUGAACCUCUCCUGAGACACCACCUAGUGCCUGUCAUCUGUCCCAUUUACAAUAAUAAUGCAAGCCAGUUGUUUAUCCGCUUCAAGUUUUACUUAUCUGCCAUUUAGCAUGAACAUCUUUGAGCAAUA